CUCGCAGUCGCGGGGAGCGGCGGGGCGGUCGGUCGGCGGGUGGGAAGGAAGGAAGGCAGGACAGGGCAGGCAGGGAAAGGAAAGGCGGGCGGGAGGCGGUGGCGGCGCCGCGCUCGCCCCGCUGCCCUGGAUGACGGGCGGCCGGUUCGACUUCGACGAUGGCGGCACCUACUGCGGCGGCUGGGAAGACGGGAAAGCCCACGGGCAUGGCAUCUGCACCGGGCCCAAGGGGCAGGGCGAGUACGCCGGCUCCUGGUCCCACGGCUUCGAGGUGGCGGGCGGCUACACCUGGCCCAGCGGCAAUACCUACCUGGGCUACUGGGCGCAGGGCAAGCGCCACGGGCUGGGCGUGGAAACGAAGGGCAGGUGGAUGUACCGCGGUGAGUGGUCCCACGGCUUCAAGGGGCGCUACGGGGUGCGGCAGAGCCUCAGCACGCCGGCCCGCUACGAGGGCACCUGGAGCAACGGGCUGCAGGACGGAUACGGCGUCGAGACCUACGGGGACGGAGGUACAUACCAGGGGCAAUGGACAGGAGGGAUGCGACAUGGCUAUGGUGUACGUCAGAGUGUACCCUAUGGCAUGGCAACUGUGAUCCGUUCACCCCUCAGAACAUCUCUUGCUUCACUUCGAAGUGAGCAGAGCAACGGCACUGUUCUGCAUGAUGCUACUUCAGACAGUCCAGCUGGAACAAGAGGAGGUUUUGUGCUCAAUUUUCACAGUGAUGCAGAGGCAAUGGGCAUUAAGAAAAAAGGAGGCUUAUUCAGAAGAGGAUCACUUCUUGGUAGUAUAAAACUGAGAAAAUCUGAAUCUAGGUCAUCGAUAUCUAGCAAACGGAGCUCUGUUAGGAGUGAUGCUGCUAUGAGCAGAAUUAGUUCUAGUGAUGCCAACUCUACAAUUAGUUUUGGAGAUGGUGACUGUGAUUAUUCCCCCAUGGAAGACCAUGUUGAUGCCACCACUACAGAAACCUAUAUGGGUGAAUGGAAGAAUGACAAGCGCAGUGGUUUUGGUAUUAGUGAGCGUUCAAAUGGUAUGAAAUAUGAAGGAGAAUGGCUAAAUAACAGGAGGCAUGGAUAUGGAUGUACCAUGUUUCCAGAUGGCACCAAAGAAGAGGGAAAAUACAAAAAUAACGUUUUAGUCCGUGGAAUAAGAAAGCAACUUAUACCAAUACGAAACACAAAAACUAGAGAAAAGGUGGAUAGAGCAAUAGAGGGUGCACAGCGCGCAGCUGCCAUGGCAAGAACCAAAGUGGAAAUUGCAACUUCAAGAACUGCACAUGCAAGAGCUAAAGCUGACGCUGCAGAUCAGGCUGCUCAGGCUGCUCGCCAGGAAUGUGAUAUUGCAAGAGCAGUUGCCAGAGAACUUUCACCAAAUUUCUACCAACCAGGCCCGGAUUAUAUCAAACAAAAAUUUCAAGAAGGAAUGGAGGUGAAAGAAAAAUCUGAAGAAAAGGUUCAAGAAAAUCCACCUUCCCCAAAAGAGUCACCUCACUUCUAUCGAAAAGGUACUACACCCCCUCGAACCCCAGAAGCAAGUCCAAGGCAUAGUCCUCCUCUUCCUUCUGAGCCUUCACCUUCGAAACAACUGAAAAAGCAAAGCUCUUCUUCUGGGGCAAGACUAAAUCAAGAAAAAAAGCUUUUAGCCACUGAGAGUAUAACACCCACAAUUAACAAGCCUUUAUAUUCAAAAGCACCAGUGAAGGAAGAACUAGCUGUGAAACACCAGCCAAAGUUUUCAGCCCAUCACAAUCCCAUCAGCACAGAGAAUGGGGAGCUGCAUGACUACUACCAUGGCUAUUAUGUAAAAAUGAAUCCAACAGCGCUUCCACAAGAGCUCAGGGAAGAAGAUGAAUAUGUCAACCCAUCACCGUCAUCACUUGCACGGAUACCACCCUCACAGAAGCCAAGUCCUGCUAGGUCUGGGGGUAAGCCAGAAGCCAAAGAAAACAAACCUGACACAAAAAUUAAGAAACCAGAAUUUGCCACGCCAAAGAACCCAGCUAAUAAUGAGUCACAUUCAGCAGUGAAAAAAGAAGUAGAAAACAGCUCGGGCCCCAACUCUGUCAUGAUUGCCCUGGUAAUGCUGUUGAAUAUUGGUUUAGCCAUUCUUUUUGUCCAUUUUCUAACUUGAUUGGAAUUAGGAAAGCUGUGCCUGAAUGUGAUUCAACAUAGUUAUUUAAUAAUAUAACUGUUUUGACCCUUCAGUGAAGUCAUGACAACUAGUGGUGUUAGCCCACAGUUCUCUGCAGUUGUGUCAUCAGCCUUUUAAAUGGCACCUGUCAUACUCAGACACAGGGAAGGAGGCUUGGAAUUGGGAUGGGACGCAAGAGAGAUGAAACUUGGAAUAUUCAGCCAGGGGCCCAGCUCAGUUUCUCUGCUGAUGGCUCGUGGCUUUGGGGUCUUCUGAAAGCUGAAGCAAGCAGCCAUGUUGGAAAACAAACAAAAUAAUCUGCUGAAGCAGCCCCGCCAGUGAAGUGCGUUGGCUUCUCCAUCUGUUCCAGCAGAGUGUGACUAAACUGGAAAUGUACGGAGCUGCACUUUUUGUUGAUGGAAGCUAACAGCUGCCUUACUAUUUUACCGUCUGAUGUUUUUAGUGGGGAGAUGGGAAAACGACUGCCAGAGGAAUGUGGUCAGAGGAUUCUGUUGCUGUGGAAGUGAUUCCAGUGUUCACUCCUAUCUCAUUAGAAGAAAUAGUUAGCAUCAUCAGUCACCAGUCUUAUUCCAUUACCUGCUGCUUCUAACAUCUCCUGCAGUGUUCUGGGGGAUCGAGUUUCUUUUGCCUGUGCAUGAUUCUGUUCAUUUGUUGUUUAUGAAAUUUGAUGUAUAGCCAUAACAUAGUGUCUAGUACAACCUGGAGAAAGCUACCAGUUCUGCCCAGCAGCAGAAGCAGAAAACGAAGAUUUUUUUUUAAUCUGAAGAUAAAACUCUUGAAUUCAUUUUCCCAAACCUGAAGAGCAGUUUUCCUUUAUGAUUUAGUAACUAAUACGCCAUGACUGCAAAAUAUAAAGAUGUUGAUACCUUCCUAAAGGUGAUCAAUUGCUUAUGCGAAUAGCAAGCUAAAUUUUUCAUAAUAAAACAAGAAUCUUAAAUUGAUAUCAGCACACUCUAAACAGGAGGUGGAAUAUCGGAAUAAGCCAAGGACGAGAUACGGAGUUUGCAUGUUGACUAUUUUUUCUCUAUUU